AUGGCUCCUCGUGCAGCCUCGCCGGCGCUCUCUGAAAACGAUUUCGACAUCUUCGACAACCUCGCCGGUUCCGACACAGAAGAGCAAGGAAACAACUCGGGCGCAAAUCUUGGAUUUGACCUGGAAGUUGGCAGUGAUGGAGGCUCCGACGAUGAGGCGUUCAUCGCGGCCAAGCAGGCUGCCUCGAAUCGCAAGGCUGCAAAUGUGAAGGGCACGGGCAAGAAGGGCGGCGGUUUCCAGGCCAUGGGCUUGAAUGCGCUGCUUUUGAAAGCGAUUGCGCAGAAGGGUUUCAAGAUGGCGACUCCGAUCCAGCGCAAGGCGAUCCCACUCCUCCUCCAGGGCGACGACGUCGUGGGCAUGGCAAGAACAGGUUCGGGAAAGACGGCUGCAUUCGUCAUUCCUAUGAUUGAGAAGCUCAAAACGCAUUCCGCGAAAGUCGGCGCACGUGGAAUCAUCAUGUCGCCUUCUCGUGAGCUUGCACUGCAGACUCUGAAGGUCGUCAAGGAGCUGGGCCGUGGCACAGAUCUCAGGACUAUCUUACUCGUUGGCGGUGACAGUCUGGAAGAACAGUUCAGUUCUAUGACCACGAACCCGGAUAUCAUCAUUGCCACACCUGGUCGUUUCCUUCAUCUCAAAGUCGAGAUGGGCCUGGACCUAUCCUCCGUUCGAUACAUUUGCUUUGACGAAGCCGACCGCUUGUUCGAGAUGGGUUUUGCCUCACAGUUGGCCGAGAUCCUUCACGCACUACCAACAUCAAGACAGACACUGUUGUUCAGUGCCACUCUCCCUAAGUCGCUUGUGGAAUUCGCACGAGCAGGUCUGCAAGAACCUAAGCUCAUUCGACUUGAUGCUGAGAGCAAGAUCUCACCAGACCUCAAAAGCGCAUACUUUACGAUCAAAUCUGGAGAUCGAGAUGGAGCACUGCUGUACCUAUUGGAGCAGGUUAUCAAAGUCCCAGCGGGCGAAACCGAGGCGUCGAAGGCGCGCAAGCAGGAGGGCAGCCUGAGUGUUGGUGCGAAGCGCAAACGCAAACAGUUCACCGCGAAAGACGUCGCCGUGGCCGAGUCUACAAUCAUCUUCGCCGCCACAAAGCAUCGGGUCGAGUAUCUCUCUGAGCUUCUGAAGUCUCUUGGCUACCCAGUGUCGUAUUUAUACGGUAACCUGGACCAGACCGCACGAAAGGCGCACGUCGAAGAGUUUCGCUCCGGUCUUACUCGUAUUCUUGUGGUCACCGAUGUUGCAGCCCGUGGUGUGGAUAUGCCUCACAUCAAUCACGUCAUUAACUACGACUUUCCCUCGCAACCGAAGAUCUGCGUGCACAGAGUCGGACGAACUGCUCGUGCCGGACGGAAGGGCUGGGCGUACAGUCUCAUAAGACAUGUCGAUCUCCCUUAUUUGUUGGAUCUUCAGCUGUUCCUCGGUCAACGAUUACUGGUCGGAAGAUCCACCGAGGACGCCAACUUCGCCGAAGACUUUGUCGUUGGAAGUCUAGCCCCUUAUCAGUUGGAGGGCUCUGUUGAGGUUGUAAACAAGCAGCUGUCCGACGAUGAAGACUUGGCGUUGCUACAGAGUGUAGCGGAUAAGGGUGAGCGACAGUACCAGAGGACACGCAAUCAAGCUAGCGCACCGAGCGUUCACCGAACCAAGGAAUUGCUUGCAAAUCCCCAUUUUGCGGACACACACGUUUUGUUCAAGGACGAGGUCCAUGAUGCACUGCAGGAGAAAGAGAAGAUGUUGCAGAGGAUCCAGGGUUUCAGGCCUGCGGAAACCGUCUUCGAGAUUGGAAGACGUGGAACGCAGAGCGAAACCGCUGAGAUCAUGCGCAGGAGAAGAGUGCAGGUUGAAAGGCAGCAGCAGAAGCAGAGAGCUAAUGCAAUUGCUAAUAACGCGCCUGUGGCUGGUCUUGCAACUGCCGGCGAGUCCGAGAAGAUGGAAGUCGACCCAGAAGAUGAUGAUGACGACGAGCCGGCUGACAACGGUGCGUACGACUCUGAUUCUGAUGAGCUCGAGGUGUCCGUAUCGAUGCCUACUUCGAAGAAACCUGCGAACGACGACUUCCGAGAAGGGGAAUUUUUCAUGUCGUACCUGCCAAAGGAGAACUACGCAGAAGAAAAAGCAUACGGUGUCAGUGGCGGAGAUGCUGGCAACAACUUUGUGUCAGCUGCAAGAUCAGCAGAAAUGUCGCUCGUCAACGACGAAAUCCAGGGCUUCGCAGAUGCGAGCAAAGCGCGUAUGAGAUGGGACAAGAAGUCCAAGAAAUACGUUGCUCGCGCCAACGACGAAGACGGAUCAAAGGGCGCCAAGAUGAUUCGCGGUGAGAGCGGACAGAAGAUUGCUGCCAGUUUCCGCAGUGGACGCUUCGACGAUUGGCGCAAAGCGAACAAGAUGGGUCGCAUGCCGCGUGUAGGUGAACUGGAAGCUCCAGGCCGUGCGCCCGGAAAGACGCAACACUACAAGCACAAGGCGGAGAAAGCGCCCAAGGAGGCGGACAGGUACCGUGACGACUACGAAGUGCAGAAGAAGAGGGUGCAAGAAGCCAAGGAGAAGCGUGUUGGCAAGUUCAAGGACGGCACAGGCAAGAGCGAACUCAAGGACGUCAACGCCGUGCAAAAGCAGCGCAAAGUCCAAGAGCAGCGUCAAAAGAAGAACGCCAGGCCGGCGAAGAAGCGAAAGUUUUGA